AUGCCUUCCUCAACAAUAGACGAGUCAAAGUUCGACUCCAUUCCGGACGCCAUUGAGGCAUUCCGCAACGGAGAAUUCCUCGUCGUCCUGGACGACCCCUCCCGCGAAAACGAAGCAGACCUCAUCAUCGCAGCCGAAUCCCUCACCACAGCCCAAAUGGGCUUCAUGAUCCGCCACUCCUCGGGCUACGUCUGCGCCCCCCUCGCCCCCUCCCUCCUCCAGACCCUCAACCUCCCGCCCAUGGUCUCCGCAAACGAGGACCCCCGCGGCACGGCCUACGCCGUCUCCGUCGACGCCGCUGAUCCCCUGGUGACCACCGGCAUCUCCGCCCACGACCGCGCCCUGACCUGCCGCGUCCUCGCCGACCCGGCCUCGGGCCCCCGAGACCUCCGCAGACCGGGCCACGUCCUGCCGCUGCGCGCGCGCGAGGGCGGCGUGCGCGAGCGGAGGGGCCACACCGAGGCCGCGGUCGACUUCUGCAGGUUGGCGGGCAAGAAGGAGGCGGCGGCGAUUUGCGAGAUCGUCGACGAUGGUGUUCCUGUUGAGGGGCAGGCCGUGCACGAGGAGCCUGGCAUGUUGAGGGGCGAGCAGUGCAUCGAGUUUGCGAGGCGGUUCGGGCUCAAGGUGUGCACCAUCGAGGCUCUGGUCAAUUACCUUGAGAAGACGGAGGGCAAGCUGGCUGUAAACGGGUCGUCGUAG